CAUAUAUCUCCCUUCACACGAACGAAAGAAGAACAGAUCGAGGAAAAAAUCCGGGGGACAUGGGAAAUGUGUCAUCAGUUCCGCCACCCUCAGACCCGCAAAGCAAGCGGCUUACAAUUCCGUUGGCCGUGACCGGCAUUGACAUGAGAGAUGAUUCCGCCGGCAUUGAUCUCACCUGCAAUUCAUGUGGAUUGUUCAUCCCCAAAUCUCAAGAGCUCUACAACUGUUACAUGUACUACCCUCCUGAUGGCCCACAGGGUUCGCCGCUUAUGAGGUGCUUUGUGAGAUGCCCAAAUUGCCGUGACAUUUUGGUAGUUGGGCUGAAUAUUGGGGAUGAAGAAAAUCUUGUUGUUUUAUGUGAUGAUACGGCCGACUAUUUUGCCGCUCCUAAUACUGUUCCUAGGUGCCAUCUAAGGCUCCAACCUGUUGGCAGUGGAGAAGUGGAUGAGGUGGCGCAAGGUGUUGAUUGGAGGACAUUGCAGCAAACAAGGCACCGACCAAUUGGAAGGCGCGUUUGAGUUGAUGAAGUGGGUUCUAUCUUUUGGGUGGUCUUUAUCAUUUGGAAGGUUAUAUCUGUCUUUUAGUGAGGGUUUCUGAAUUUGUUGAAUCUCUUAUUUUUUUACCUUCAAUUGUAAAUGGUGAACUCUUAUGGGUAUGUGUUCCGAUAUGACUACUUUCAGACCUUUUCUUGCUUCUCUGGUAAUAAUAGUAUAUAUGAUGGAUGAUGAUUCUCUAGUUUGAUUGUUCUGAGAUUUGCUGGUGUUUAUCUUAUGAGUUU